UCCGCUGCCGCCCGCGGAAGUGAGCGGAGCGGGAACGCGGCCGUGCCGCCGCAGCCCCGACCACGGCCGUGGGAGCGCGGCCAGGCGACGGCGACGAGCGGCGGUGAGGGGCCGCCGCUGGCGACUCAGCACGGCGCCGCCAUCCCCGGCUCCCCGCGGCGGCUGCGCCUCGGGAUGUUGCUGCAGGUGGGGGCAAAGGGAGCAGUGUGAUUGCCUGGCAUCUUGGGGCAUCUCUCUCUUCACCUUUCAGCUCCCGCUCCGGCGCUGCUGUUGCUAAAGAGUUUUGUAACUAUCGACUCAAGUACAAUUUCGAUGGAAAAUGAAGGUUGCACGUCUUCAGAAACUCCCUGAUGGUGACAAUGAGACAAUGAUUCCUGUACUGUCCUCCAAAAAAGCAAGUGAGCUGCCAGUUGAUGAAGUAGCCAGCAUCCUGCAAGCCAAUCUUCAGCAUGGCUUAAAGAACUGUGAAGUGUGUCACCGCCGAGCGUUCCACGGCUGGAAUGAGUUCGACAUCAGUGAAGAUGAACCGCUGUGGAAGAAGUACAUUGCCCAGUUUAAAAAUCCUCUCAUCAUGCUCCUCCUGGCAUCUGCAGUCAUCAGUGUUUUAAUGCAUCAGUUUGAUGAUGCUGUCAGUAUCACUGUGGCAAUACUGAUUGUUGUUACAGUUGCCUUCGUUCAGGAGUACAGAUCAGAAAAAUCUCUUGAAGAGCUUAGCAAACUUGUGCCUCCAGAAUGCCACUGCGUCCGGGAGGGCCGGCUGGAGCACACCCUGGCGCGGGACCUGGUGCCCGGGGACACCGUCUGCCUGGCCGUGGGGGACAGGGUCCCGGCUGACCUCCGCUUGUUCGAGGCUGUGGACCUCUCUAUCGAUGAAUCCAGUCUCACAGGUGAGACAGCUCCUUGCUCCAAGUCCACAGCUCCUCAGCCAGCAGCAACCAAUGGAGACCUUACCUCCAGGAGCAAUAUUGCCUUCAUGGGAACACUGGUCAGAUGUGGGAAAGCAAAGGGGAUAGUUAUUGGAACAGGAGAAAACUCUGAAUUUGGGGAGGUUUUCAAAAUGAUGCAAGCAGAAGAGGCUCCAAAGACCCCUCUGCAGAAGAGCAUGGAUCUGCUGGGAAAACAGCUGUCCUUGUAUUCCUUUGGGAUCAUAGGUGUUAUUAUGCUGGUUGGCUGGCUGCAGGGCAAGCACAUCCUUGAUAUGUUCACAAUUGGUGUGAGCUUGGCUGUGGCUGCAAUCCCUGAAGGACUCCCAAUUGUGGUGACAGUGACCCUGGCCCUGGGGGUGAUGAGGAUGGUGAAGAAAAGAGCAAUUGUGAAGAAGCUGCCAAUUGUGGAGACUCUAGGUUGUUGCAAUGUCAUCUGUUCAGACAAAACUGGAACUCUGACCAAGAAUGAGAUGACUGUUACCCAGAUUGUCACUGCAGAUGGGCAGCAUGCUGAGGUGACUGGAGUGGGCUACAACAGGUUUGGAGAAGUGCUGCUGGAGGGGGAAGUGAUUCACGGUUACAACAACCCUUCCAUCAGCAGAGUGGUGGAGGCUGGCUGUGUGUGCAAUGAUGCUUUGAUCAGGAACAACACCUUGAUGGGGAAGCCAACGGAGGGGGCUCUGAUCGCGCUGGCCAUGAAGAUGGGUUUGGAUGGACUCCAGGAGGACUACAUCAGGAAGGCUGAGUAUCCCUUCAGCUCAGAGCAGAAAUGGAUGGCUGUUAAAUGUGUUCACAGGACACAGCAGGACAAGCCUGAAGUGUGCUUUAUGAAAGGUGCUUAUGAGCAGGUCAUCAAGUACUGUACAUCCUAUCACUGUAAGGGGCAGAGCCUCCCUCUUGUGCAGCAGCAGAGAGAGCAGUACCAGCAGGAGAAGGCAUCAAUGGGCUCUGCAGGACUUAGGGUCCUGGCCUUGGCUGCUGGGCCUGAGUUAGGGCAGUUGACCUUCCUGGGGCUGGUGGGAAUCAUCGACCCUCCGCGGACUGGCGUGAAGGAAGCUGUCACUACCCUCAUCACCUCGGGAGUUGCCAUCAAAAUGAUUACUGGGGACUCCCAGGAGACUGCAGUUGCCAUUGCCAGCCGACUAGGAUUGUAUUCCAAGAACUCCCAGGCCAUCUCUGGAGAAGAAAUAGAUGAUCUGGACAUUCAGCAGCUCUCUCAGAUUACACCAAAGGUCGCAGUCUUCUACCGAGCCAGUCCCCGCCACAAGCUGAAGAUUAUCAAGUCCCUGCAGAACAACGGGGCAGUGGUGGCCAUGACAGGAGACGGAGUGAACGACGCCGUCGCCCUGAAGGCUGCGGACAUCGGCGUGGCCAUGGGGCAGGCUGGAACUGAUGUUUGCAAGGAGGCAGCAGAUAUGAUCCUGGUGGAUGAUGAUUUUCAGACAAUAAUGUCUGCAAUUGAAGAGGGUAAAGGAAUUUAUAAUAACAUAAAAAAUUUUGUUAGAUUUCAGCUGAGCACGAGUAUAGCAGCACUGACUUUAAUCUCACUGGCUACAUUAAUGAACUUUCCUAAUCCUCUCAAUGCCAUGCAGAUCUUAUGGAUCAAUAUUAUCAUGGAUGGGCCCCCAGCUCAAAGCCUCGGGGUGGAGCCCGUGGAUAAAGAUGUUAUCCGGAAGCCCCCCAGGAACGUGAAGGACAGCAUCCUGACCAAGAACCUGGUGGUGAAGAUCCUGGUCUCAGCUGUCAUCAUUGUCUGUGGCACACUCUUUGUCUUCUGGAGAGAGCUGAGAGACAACGUGAUCACCCCCCGAGACACAACCAUGACCUUCACCUGCUUUGUGUUCUUUGACAUGUUCAAUGCCUUGAGUUCCAGAUCUCAGGCCAAGUCGGUGUUUGAGAUCGGACUCUGCAGCAACAGAAUGUUCUGCUACGCCGUCCUGGGGUCCAUCAUGGGGCAGCUGCUGGUGGUGUACUUCCCUCCCCUGCAGAAGGUUUUCCAGACAGAGAGCCUGAGUGUCCUGGAUCUCCUGUUCCUGCUGGGCCUCACCUCCUCGGUGUGCAUCGUCAGCGAGGCCAUCAAGAAGCUGGAGCGGGGCAAGGAGAAGGCGCCGAGGCGCGGGGGCCCCGCCGCGCCCCCCGCCGCCUUCCUGGACGUAUGAUGCACGCUGCGUCCUCCCCCUGCACAGCCAGCAGGGCAGCAGACAGCAAGGCACACAGGGGGGAGCAGGACAUCCUCCAGGGCUUUGGCCAAGCCCUCCCCUUCCCCUGCCUAAGGAGGAACGUUCCUGUUUCAGCACUGUUUAGGAGCUGCCUCCCAGCGGGGGGAGCAGCAAAGGAAUUUAUGCAACUUCGGCAACCUUCCUCCUCAGACAGCAG